AAUGGCGUGAACGAAGCUUUAUAUCUCUGAUGCCGAAUAACUUGUGUGAUAACUUAAUCCCUUCAUCUUCCCUGUUUCCUUGGGAAACACUCAUCAUCUAACAAUCCGGAUUCUCUAAGGUUUUGUCACGUUCCUCUUUUGAGUCUUUGGUUUCGCUUGUUACUGAUUCGUGUGGUUUGGUUUGUCUUAAACAUGUUUUCUUACACUGGGAAUGGUUUUUAAAGAGAUGGACAGAAUCAGCGAGUUACCUGAUGAACUGCUUGUUAAGAUAUUAUUGUUUGUUCCUACAAAAGUUGCUGUAUCCACAAGUAUCUUGUCGAAACGGUGGGAGUAUCUUUGGAUGUGGUUGCCUAAACUCGAGUACGGUUAUAGACGUUGCUCAGAGCCUGAAAGCGCGAAGCUACAGUGUUUCCUUGACAGAAAUAUGCCAUUACAUAGAGCUCCGGUUAUCGAAAGCUUCCGUCUUGAAUUGUGUAAUUUAAAUUCUAAACCGGAGAGUAUCAAAAUGUGGGUUUUAACAGCAGUUUCCCACUGCCUACGUGAGCUGGAUAUACUACAUGAGUCUUAUCCUGCUAAGCCAAAUAUAUUGCCAAGUAACUUGUAUACCUGCAAGUCGCUCGUGAUCUUGAAACUGGAUGGGGAUAUCCUCUUGGAUGUUCCUCGGAUGGUCUCUCUUCCCUCUCUAAAAACUCUGAAGCUUCAGAGUGUGAGAUACCUCAACGAUGCAACUCUUCAACGGCUUCUAUCUAACUGUCCAAUUCUUGAAGAUCUAGUGGUGCAGUUACGUGAUUAUGGUGACACUUUGAAAAAGUUGACAGUUGUUGCUCCAGCUUUGCAGAGUCUGUCACUCUUUAUACCCUAUAAUCAUGAACUAAAUGAGUAUGUGAUAGAAACUCCUUCUUUAAAGUAUUUCAAAUUUGUGGAUUAUAGCGAUUAUGAUCACUACGGUUUGAUUGAGAACAUGCCUUACCUGACCGAGGCAUAUGUAGAUUGUUGUUGCCCUGAUAUCUAUAGUCUUGUUAAUUCAAUCACAUCUGUCAAGAGCCUUACAAUAUGUUCAGAGGCUAUUCUCAAUGGUCUUGUCUUCGAUCAACUUGAACAUCUGGAGGUAUGUCUAUGCACAGUGCUAUCCUCCAAUCAACUUGUCCGACUGCUCAAUGCUACUUCUAAGUUAAAGAGACUAGACAUUUCCUUAAUGGAUGAUCAUGAUCCUCAUCAAGAUAUGGAUCACUGGAAUGAACCAAGUACUGUACCUGAAUGUUUGUUGUCGAGUCUACAACGUUUUAGCUGGUCGACAUACACAGAAAAACCACAAGAGAGAGCUAUUUUGGGAUACAUUUUGAAACAUGCUGUUUACUUAAAGACUGCAACAAUCAAGUCAUCUGAAUCGGAUGUUCGAAAACAUGAGAUGAUGAUAGAGGAGUUGGCACUUUCUUCUAGAGCUUCAACAACAUGCCAACUCAUGUUUGAAUGAGUAUUUUGAUCAUUAAAAUUUGGCUUGUUCUUCAAUUUUAUUGUAUUUGCUCGGACUCGUUUCGUUUGUUCUC